GUAUCAUCACAAUCCUUUUGUCAGUUUUAAAAACAUCAAUACAUAAAAAUACAAUCAGUCAAAAUGAAAUUCUUGAUCGUAUUAACAGCUGUUCUUGCAAUCACCCUAGCCGAAGAAAAAGCUCAACCAAACCAAAAAUCCAAACGUGGCCUUUUGGGUCUGGGUUAUGGUUACUCAGCUGCUCCAGCUUUGCCUUUAGCUGCUCCAGCAUUACCCCUAUCUGCCCCGGCUCUACCCUUAGCUGCGCCAGCUCCAAUUUUAAGAACAGCAUCCAGUUACUCAGCUCCUGCAUUGGCUUAUUCAGCUUACUCAGCUCCUGCUGUUAGUUAUGCUGCCCCAGCUGUUAGUUAUGCAGCUGCACCAACUCUGAGUUACUCAGCACCUUUAAGCUACGCGGCACCAGCUCUAAGCUAUGCUGCUGCUCCUGCACCUGCUUUAAGUUAUUCAGCGCCUUUAAGUUACUCAGCUCCAGCUCCUCUGAGCUUGCCCAUCGCUGCACCAGCACCAUUCUACGCUAACAGUUACAGUUCGUCGCUUUUGGGCGCAUCUCCUGUAUUAGCUAAGUCUGUGGUGUCUAGCCCGUUGGCUUUGGGUUAUAGUGGUGCGAAAUUGUGGUAGAUUUUAAAGAAAUAUGAGUAUUUUAUUGAAUUGUGAUACAAUAAAGAUUUUGUCUUAAAUGUA